CUCCGUGAAAUUGGCUAGUGUUUAUAGAUGAUCAAAAAAGGUAUAUACUGACAUCUACUGGCAUCGUAUGAUAUAGCCUUUUUUGCCACGUUUCUAACCAUUAACAUAUUCUUUGUCUAAUGGCUUUAAUAUUUGUUUUUUAAGACGCUAUAUUGCACUAUAUACUAUAUUACACGCGACUUCACGACGUCGACACCGGAAGCAGAUGUACUACUUCCUUGGAAACCCCGCGAGUCCCUGGUAACCGCCAAAAUCUUUUCAUCACUUUUCAUCUUAAAUGCUCAAUUAUGCUAAUGAAAAAUGUUUUGCUUAAACUAUAAAUAUUUUCCCCAUAUUGUUAAGCGUUUAUUUUACAUUUUUACAGACGUGAAUGAGCACUAUUCGCCCGGCGUUCACUUCAGAAGCUGAUACACAAGUGAAUAUGGCUGAUGCCACUCAAACCACAAAGAGCCUUUGGGAGACUGUAUGUGAGGAGUAUGAAGCACAGAAGCCGAAGCCUCCGAGCAUUCGACAGACGAAGAAGGCGCCCCAGAGCAGCGAGAGCAUCUUUUCUUUAUUCAACAUUCCACAAAAGGGAUCUGUGGCAGACCCUCCAUUCCAUCCUCUUCUCUUCAACGCUGUUCAGGAUCUUUCCAAACAGAACAUCCCCACAUUGAAGUCCACCACACCACUAAAACUACACUGUCCAAUAACACAGUUCCUGGAGCAGAAGGUGUUUCCAGUCCUGCUCCCUGGAAUUGAGGCAUUACUCAAGGAGGCACCGAAGCGUGGAUGUUUUGAGAGGAAAGUAACAGCGUUUAAUCCAUGUGACUUCCUAAUCGAGUGGCUCUACAAUCACAACCCCGUCCGGGUGGGACAGGAACCCGUGGAAUUCCAUGAUAUUCCGUUUGUGAAGCAGUGGCUGAUCCUGCAUCCACGACCUCCCAUCCCUCUUUUCCUUCUGCUGACUGAGACUGAAGCUGCUCUCAUCGUCCAAUCUUUUUGGAGAGGAUAUAAGGUCCGGUCUCGUCCAGAUGUGCAGGAACUCCGAAAGUGGCAAAGAGAACUGAGAGAGACUCGAGAUAUCGGCAAGACUGUGAGGCAAUUCUGGACCAAACACGAGCGCCGAGUGUUCGCAGCCUUGGCUGAGCUACAAGACCCUGAGCCGUCCAACUCAGGCGUGUGCAUCCAAGUAGUCUCUCCAACCCCUCAGAGCACAGUGGUGCACACUCCCACAACGCAGAUGACCCCUGAUGUCUACGAUCGGCUGAUGCCGACCGUCCACAACAUAGAGGAGCCGACCCUGAAAGCGCUGUCUGACUCUGAAGACAAAGGUCUAUCUGCAUCGUCGUCUCUCCCUCCACGACCCAGCAGCCAUCACUAGGUUAGUGCUAAUUUAACAGUUUAUUAGACAUUGGACACUCAGACAUUGAUGACUCAUAAAAUCUCUUGUCAUCAGUUACUGUGGUGGGAUUUAUCACAUUCGUUUCCCGUAAUCCGAUCAGAUUAAUUGCCCGUUUGAUGGAGCGCUUCCUCUCCUGAGAAUCAAUGUUCCGCAGCAGAGUCCACAUCUGGAAAUAAAAAUGUCUGCACGGUUGAUUCCAUAUCUCCAGAUGAAAGCUCAUCAGAACGUAGCUAAAUCACAUUUCACAACCUGUCAUUUCCAAUAUAUGCCCUCAUGUUUUCAUCCAAGUUGGGAAUUAAGGUCAGCGGGGAAGUGAAAUAAAUGGUCGUAAAGUUUGAGAUUUUACCUGCUAGGGAAUUCAGAAAAAUUUUAAUUUUCUGUUAUUUUAUGACAUCUAACAUUUUGCCAAGUCUAAAAUUCUGUUUAUGUUGUGUCUUCAGUUGUGUUACUUGCCUAAGUGAGCAAUGUGGUGUCAUUAUGAAUAAUGACUAUACAAUGCACUCCACCUCAUUUUCCCUAGAAAUGACACGGCUGUUACCAUAUUUAGAAUAAAUUAUUCAUUCUUUACACAUGUUCAUUGGUGUACAUCGGUGUUUUUAUGCAUGAAUCAGUGUUUACAUUCAUAAUUAAAACACAAUAUUUAUAAUAGUUUUUACAAGGUCAUCUGAGAGUUUAAAGAAAAAAACAUUGAUGCUAACUUUAGCUCGCAAAACAAAACUCAUGACAGCUAAAUGAAUCACCUAAUUUCCAGAACAUAAUUCCUCACCCAACAUACUGAACUGCGCAUUUCAGGCCCUAAGAAAUAGCCAUGUGUCAUAAUGUUCCAUCUUCCUCUCCUCAUCUCAGUUCUCUGUUUGUUUUCCUUUUUUUCGCGCUCCUCCUGUGCCCUGUCUGUUAUUGUAGCUUACACUGAUCAAACAUUUCCAAAUGCCAUGGAUCAGCAGUCAAGAAAUCUGACUUGCAAAUAAGCGGCUGCCCUGACUGUCUAGUUAAUUCCCCUCCCUCACCACUAUAAAUACCAGAAAGUAUAUUCCUAGGACUGAAAGUUGAUUCAUCUAAUCUCCGCUGAAGGUUUUCCAUCCAUUACUGACAGGCCUGAGAGGUCACGUCUGGUUUCCUCCAGGCUCCACAGGCAUCGAUUCUCUCUCGAGCCGUCCAACUUUCCUGACCACCUCUCACAUGAGUAGGUUUGCGUAUCUUUGUUUGCAGGUAUGUGGAUCCCUGUGGGACAGCUGCUACUGCAUGAUGCGAUAACACUUCAUUUUAGGGAAAUUUAAUCUCGCCGCCAGCUCUGGAGAGUCUAGCAGCAUCAGGCCUGAAACCUGAUCAAACAGCUUCCAGGAGGAGGGGUGGUUGCAGAGUAGAAAGUCAACAGAUACAGUAUACAUGUAACUUACUCCUGACACUAAUUCGCUGGGGUCAAUCCCAGCUACACAGGUCAGUGGAAGAAGUCUCCAUGAAUGAUGAUGUUUGGGCAUGAUAUAGUGAUUUGCUGUGAGAGCUAAUGGUGACUUAAGGAUGUGGUAAAGAGGAGAAGAAGAGGAUAGGUGUGACUAGGGAGGAUGAACAAGGUUAAGGUAGAGCAAUGACCUUGGGGGGGAAAAGCGUGAACAUAAAUCGAGCUUUGUCGUUUGGCUCUGCUCUUGGCUGCAUUUGAUCAAGAUACUUCUGUAGUAGCGCCUAGCUGAUUAUCUGCGAGCUGUUGUUGUCGCAGGUAGCCAAGGCAGCGUACUUGUUAUAUGGAGUUAAAAAUGUUGUGAUUCUGAGACUGUGAAGGCAAUAGCUAGUGUUGUUAUUACUAUUAAGAGACAUAGAAUUACCGUUGGUGGAAAAAGUCAGAUCACUUGCUACAAACAUGACACCUUUAUUGAACUUUUUUUUCCGGUUACAGAAAGAGUUAACAGUUUUGUUUCUUUUUCUAACGAGGGGGUCAAGUUUUAUACAUAUGCAUGCUGCGUCACUGCACAGUCACAGCUCAGAAAACCAGUAGAACGUAUGCAUCCGGGUGGAACAGUCUUGACGGCAGGACAGCUCAGGAGAGAGGACAAGUCAAAACCAGGGAGGGUGACAAACCUAACAUAUGUGCAAACUCCACCAUACUGUCCGACUUGUAGUCCAUUUUUAUGCACACUGUAGAACAAUCCGGUUCUUUUUUUUUUUCUUUAAAGUGUUUAAGAAAGCACAGACAUUGAAUGUGUCAUCUGAGAAACACUGAAAUCAGGAUUGCUGUCACAUGACUUCUUACAUAAAUAGUUAGUCUUCAUAAGUACAUCUGAGAAAGGUCUUACAUGUAGAAAUGGUGAGAAGCAUGCACAGAUAGGUAGUUGACAAGUGCAAAAUCAACAAAGUCAUGUCAUCUUUCCUUUUUUUUGUUCUUCACAUGGAGUGAAUGAAGUCACAUAACUUGAAACUCUACAGUUUGGUCUGUCAUGCGAACUCUCCAAAACCCUGAGGACACUUCAUGUUGUGGAACCGGCAGCCAACACAGAGACUGAUGUAGCAGCAUUAAAUCUGAUCUGAUGGUUCUCUUCCUUUUGAAUACACAGUGGGCGUGACGUGAACUUGACAGUUGCAACCUGUUACUGUUUUACCAGGGCUGAGCGGAAUGUAGAGGGUAGGAUAGGUGUGUGCAACCUGGGCCGGCUACAUAAUUUCAUAAAGCACCGCACUACUUAUCCUACAAAUCCCAUAAUGCACUCCACCAGAUUAAUCUCUUAUGUGCAUACAGUAUCCAUCUGGUCUACUAGAGCAAAAAUCAACAUCAAUGCUUGUUGUCGGCAGUUAAAUGUUUCAUCUCUGGUUCUUCAUUUGGCUACUUCCUAUCUCGUUGUUGUUGUUUUUGCAUAUGUUUUUCGGAGUCAACUGUCUUGUUUUACUGCCCACCUCUGACUGUGUUCACUUUUGUGUUAAUAUGUUUGUUCAAUUCAAGAAGCAAUUUUACAUUAUUAUCAUGUUGUUACACCAGUACAUGCCGCCCAGCUCUGAAUACAUUUUCGCAUCGAUUAAUGUCAGGUACCACACAAUGAGUAUUGUGUACUGCACAUUUCCAGAAUUAAUUUGCAGCCAUUUUCUUUAACUGAAAAAAAAAAACAACAAACUAAA